UUUCUUUUAUGUAUGUUUUUUAUUUUUGCUUAGCCUCGUUCGGGCACAUGAAAACAACCAAUAGGAAAAACCCAAAAUGAGAUACGGGGAGGGAAAACCAAACUAGUUGGACAUGGGAAUCGGUCUGAACCAGUCUUCUUUUCGCUAUAAAUUUUUAACUUCAAUUUCUGUCCAUUAAAUUCUUAUAUUCGCGUCGAUAAACUUAUUUGUCUGCGUACGCAAUCAGCGAUUAAAUUUGUCAGUUUUUUUAAAACUCGACCGAAAGCUCAUUAAAAUCCAACUUGGGUUUUUUGGUUUAAUCUUAUCCUCGAUCAGCAGAUUAUUUGGUGUGUAGGAGGCGGAAUAUGGAGGUGGUGCCUGGAGCUAGUAAUAAUGGUAAUGAAGAAGCCGUCAAUAAGAAUGGGGUUUGCAAUCCAGAUGACGGAUAUUUGGUUGAAGAUGAUGGGAAGCUAAGCGACGAGAAGACAACCCCUGAGCAGCCCAAGGAAAGCCGCGCAGAAAUGUUAUCUAGACAUCAACGUGAAAGCAAAGAACUUCAAAACAAGGAAGUAGCUCUGAAGAAAGCAGCUGCUAAGGGUAGCAAGGCAGAACAGAAAACCAAGAAAAAACAAGUGGAAGAUGAAAUUGCUAAACUGGAUGCUAAAAUGAAAGCUCGUCAUACAAAAGAGCUUUCAUCAUUAGGCUACAAAAGCAAUGACUCUAAGGAUCUUGACAACCUGGUAAAGGCUGUGGCAGGUGUAUCUGUCACAAGCACAGGGCAUUUGUGGAAGCCAACUAAGAGUGUAAAGCGGCGUGAAAAGAUAGCACAACAGGAGGCAGAACGUGAACAAAGAAUACAAGAAGAACAAGGUAACAUAAUCAGCGACCGUGUGCUUGAAAAUGAACGGUUGCAGCAGAAACUUCAGCCACUUGGGUUGUUAUUAUAUGAAAUCAAGCCUGAUGGUCACUGCCUCUACAGGGCUGUAGAGAACCAGUUAUCACUUUACCCACUUCAGUGCCAGUAUUCAUAUCAACAACUUAGAGAAAUGGCUGCUGAUUAUAUGCGAAACCAUGCGGAAGAUUUUCUGCCAUUUUUUUUAUCUGAUUCUGAAAAUGAUACUGAAUUAAAUGAUAAUAUGCAGGAAAGAUUUGAAAAGUAUUGUAGGGAGGUUGAAUCCACUGCAGCCUGGGGAGGUCAGCUUGAGUUAGGAGCUCUUGCUCAUUCAUUGAGAAAACACAUGGUUAUAUUUGCUGGGAACUUUCCAGAUGUUGAAAUGGGGAAGGAGUACAAGUCUGAAAAUGAAGGUGGCCUAUCUGCUAAUCCAAGUAUAAUGCUCUCUUACCACAAACAUGCAUAUGGAUUGGGGGAACAUUAUAAUUCAGUUGUUCCUAUUCAAGGCACUGCGUCGUCAUGAUUUUAGUGGUGUCUUCUUGGAAUCUUCUGUCGCAACUAUUAGUUUGACUGGGUCCAUUAUGGCAUUCUGCAUUUCUUUCUGAGCUAUUAUUUUAUUUUAAGAUGGCAUAUUUGCCUGUUAAUUUGUAGGAUUCUAAAAUUGAUCCUUAGAUUCUUAGAAAAUUUCACAUAGCUUUCAUGCUUGUCCUGUGAACAUUAUUCAAAUUCUCCAUUAUCACAGUUGUUUCCAGGCUGCAUUUUAUUAGGUUUGGAAGGCUAAUGUUAAUGGUUUAGUGAAGAAGAGAAACUGGAGACGUCGGUCUAAUUGUGGGAAGAGGGGACAAUAAUAUUUUUUGUUAAAGACAACUUAUUCUAGUUGUCAAAAUCUCGAGUGUCAAUAAAAGGAGGUUGUCUUGUUGA